CGCGAACCCGCCCUUCUCCGAAAUGUGCCUCUGGGACCGUGCAGUUAUAAAUGGAACUCGCGUUACCUUUCAAAUAGUGUCGGUUCCAAGAGCGUCAACAUACUCGUGUCUUCGCACGCAAGAUUUGACUUCGUCCACAAGAACUUCCUCAAUCGAACGCUACCCUUUAACGAGCUGAUUAGACGAUGUUCGGGAAUGGGUAAACACACUGGAGAUCAUUUUUUAUCGGAACGGGAGUUUUAUCAACUUCGCUCACCUGACGAUCGACAGGAGGAUUUUUUCAAGAAUCAUAAAGGCCUGCAAGAUGAUUUUAAAAUGCCAAAUUUUAUUCCUAAAGAGAAGCUCAUAUCGACGAACCUCAAAAUAAACAGCGCUGAUGUAAUCACAUGGACGCAAUACGACGUUAUGGACACGGUGUUGUGUCAGGUACAAGGCUCCCGUCGCGUAGUACUCUUUCCACCUCGUGAUUCUUCUAAGCUCUACCUUCAAGGUGACAAAUCGCUUGUGCUCGAUGUUGACCAACCAGACACUGCAAAGUUCCCGCUAUUUCCUAUGGCACAACGUUGGGAAUGCGAACUAUCUCAGCCUGGCGAUGUGUUGUUCAUUCCGGCAUUAUGGUUCCACAGCUCAAUCUGUAAAGAUUUUGGUGUAGCGGUCUCAUGUUUAUGGCGCCAUUUGGAACGAGACCAAUACGAUAAAAAGGACCCGCUGCAUCAUAAGGAUCCGAUGGCUGCUACUCGCGCAAUGGACCUCCUAGCCAAAGCUCUAAAACAACUUGAGAUCCUGCCAGAUGACUAUCGUCAAUUUUACUAUCGCAUGAUGAUUAAUAAAGUUAAUGAGAAGUUGCCCAGGGAUUUUGUUCAGUAGUACAGCAAUACGAUCGUCGCGAAAAUGAAGACGAAACAAUGUUAUGGGUUUAAUCUGAUCGCACAAUGUUCCUGACAGAAACGCUUCGCGUAGAAGGACUGCAGGAUUCAAUCAGUCGUGCUAUAUUGUCUCUUAAAUUAAGCUAUUUGCUCAUUUAUGAGCUUUUAUUAAGUUUUAAGCAAUGCGAUAGAAUCUAGCAAUUGAAAAACAAGUAGCUUUUCACAAAAAUUAACAAAGAUACUAGUCGCUCCUUGAGAACGCUCUGUCUGCCAUUUGCUACCUAAAAAACAAGCUCUUACAUGAUAGAGUCAUUGCCGUACAUUAGUAGAUAUACAGGCAUAUAUAUAUAUAUAUAUAUAUAUAUAUAUAUAUAUAUAUGUAGCACGGUAUUUUGAUGUCAUAUUUAUGGAAUCGAGGUGCAUGAAACCAGUAUCCAUUCGUCAGGCUUAACAUAUGCACACAGGGUUUAUAAAAAGUGUUGGAUCCCAAAACUGAAAAUGGCACUGCCAUAUCUAAGUUUGCAGCGCGCUAGUGCCAAUAAGAAUAAUUAAUGAUAACUGUCAAUGAACCGAUUAGGUAUUUAUAAACUCUGUCUUUCGAUAACAUUUUUGGAAAAUUUCAAAAAGAAAAAUCUCAAAUUUAAUACAUAUAAAUAUAUAUGUAUUAAAUUUGAAUCUCAGCCGUCUUAAGAACUUAUGAGGACUUUUUAACAUAUCAACCCUGCGGGGUCUUGUCUCCGCGCAGUGGUAGUAUUUUAUUGAUUGUACGUGAGAAUUAGCUUCACUCAUUUAUUCUGCUCUCAUUUUCGAUUGAGUGCGUAUGUAUGUAUGUAUGUAUGUAUGUAAUACACAAUUGUAUAUUAGAAAAUUACAACUUGUAUUUGAUGACAUAAAGGUUCCGCGCAGUGAAAGCAUAGCUAUUAUUAUUUUUAUUAUCAUUCUUACUCGAACAGUUGUCAAAUCAGUUGGUUUCCGUGUGAAUACAUGUGGAAUCAGUACAUUAACUAGUAGUAGUGAGGUCUGUUAAAGGAAGAACCGUGGAAUCAUCAAAUAUAGAAAGUCAAAUACGUUAUAGAUACAUUCUGGCCAUACUCCAUAAUUACCUGAGUAGCACUUUAGCUAUGGUAUAAUUUUUGUCAAGCAAGAUGUUCCUUCCGGGUUGUAUUUAACACUGGGUAUCACGAUGACAACAAUAGCUCGUUAGUCAAAAGCAAGCCUAUGCAUGAGUAAUGACGAGGGGCGGCGGUGGAAAGGGCUAAUUAACCAGUUUACUUAGAACGACAGUUGUACUAAAGCAUUGUUGUACGCGUGUUACGCUUCGUUCGUUUAUUUUUCUUCGGUAAUACAGUCUCGUAAAUACCUCUAAGUGCCAAGCAAAACUAAUAGAUGGAAAGCAUUUCUGCUCACAUGUGAUUGUAAUUUAUUUCCUUCUGUAGUUAUUUUCUAUUGAACGAAUAAUUUGAACUAGUUUAAGUACUUACUAAUAUAUGAUCUAAAUCUUCAUCGGCUACUGUUUCGUUUCGCAUAAUUUGCCAUCCAUUUUUAUUCGUGUAGUUAAUUAAUAAACAAACAUGUGUUUCUGUGUGUAUGUCUAUGUAAUUCUACUAUGCUUUAUUAUACAAUUUCAUUUUUGUAUAGAGUGCGCAGGUUUUUGUCGAUUAUUUCAAAUAAAUAUAUUUUUAUCACUACAUAAUUAAUACA